CGCAGUAUUAUUGUACGUGCUAAAUUUCUCCCCCGAAAAUCUAACCAUCUGCUAUCGUCAACAAGCGUACUUUAACAAAAAGCUUAGAGAUAACAUACAACAUGCCGAGUGGUAGAAACUUUAGACAAAGAAGGAACUCUUCAGAUGUAGAAGAAGAUGAGACAACCAAAGAAGUCAGAUCGAAAGUAGAGGAGGCUAAGGAGCUUCAGAGUUUGCGGAAACGACAGACUGGAGUCAGUGUGUCUGCCCUGCUGAUCGGGGACUUACUGCCACCAGAGAACGAUGCUGAUGAUGACCCUUUUAAAUUGAAGUCUGGAGGGGUUAUAGACAUGAAGAAAAUCAAAGAAAGGAAUAUGGGCCUGACAGAGGAGGAGACGGACCUGAACCUCGGCACUUCCUUUUCUGCUGAAACAAACAGAAGAGACGAGGAUGCAGACAUGUAUGUUUAUUUUGUAUUUCUUGAAUUCAGAAAUUUCCAGACCAGUGGUUGC